UCAAUAUGAAAAGACACUCAUGUAAUAUCCUCUAUUUAUUUAACAGAAUUGCAAACUGUUAACACAUAUUAUAAAGGAUUCGGCAUGGAUACUAUGAGAAGUGGCGGUAAAAGGAGAGCUGAUAUUGAACUUGAAGUAAAACAAAAUGAAGAAGUAUAUGAGAAAAUAGACAAAAAAAAUGUUAACAAUGAUAUAUAUGAAAAUUUGAAAACGGAGAAGAAAACGAAAACUAAUAGUAUAAGACAUGAAGACAUAGAUAAAAUAAAAGUUGUCACAGUUUUACUUUGUGUUGUUGUGGCAGCUUUGGUAGUAGCAGCCGUUACUGUGAGUUCUGUUGUCUUUUUUGGAGUCACAGAUGGCGGCUGGAGGAUUGGGAAGAUUGGCGAGCAUGCAGUGUAACAUGUGGAA